AUGAGUCUAAUCUACCUUAGACUUGUCUUUCUUUUGCUGGUGCUCGACUCAAACAAGAGCUUCGCGGGGCCAUUACCUGUGUCGACCUUGUCGCCCGUGUCGCCAGCAAGUCUAGCAAGUCUAGCAUCGAAUGAAAGCACCCAUAAUAGUCUGUCUGGCACAGACUCUGCAGCGUUUGGAACCAGAAGUACGGCAUUCGAGAACACUUCAGGACCUACCACUAGAACAUCUUCUGAAAGUGCGCCGUUCUUUAGUUUAUUAUUCGGCGGUCCGACGUCCGCUCCGCCGCCUCCAUUUGGAACAGGAUCCCCUAUAUCUACACUAGUAUCGCCGCUGGAGUCGGCAUCCACAGCACCAACACGUGUACCUUUGGGAACAGGUGCUUCUACGGGCGAAGCACAGCCUACGCCUUUGACGACCCAGGAAACUCUUUCUCCCACGGGAAGCUCGCUCAAGAGCACCGUGACAUCGGUUGUAUCUGGCAAAACUGAUCUGGUUGCUGUUCUGUUUGGUGGUGCCUUCGCUACUCCUAUGGUUCUGCCAUCGCCGGCCACAAAGAAGCUCGAUGCAACUGGCACGGCCGCAGUGGCGAGCGCAAGUGCCUUCUCUGAUCAGAUGGCGGGUAUCUUCCCACAGAUCGAGGCUUUCAUUAAUAAUCCGGUGAAGUCUGAGGCAGAUGGUGCCACCAAGGCCAUUGGAGGAGCUUUGUCGGCUGGAGCUGGUCUCCUCGGUAGCCUUCCGGGAGGUGGAGGGAAGUCUGGGGGUGGUGGGGGAGGUGGUGGAUGUGGAGGCAAGCGUCGCCGAGAUCUACAUCGUAGAGGACUACUGGGUGAUAUUCUUGGUGCGGUCAGUUGUGUGGUUGAGGGUGCGAAGGAAAUCGGCAAUACGAUCGAGGGAGGCGUGAAGGGAACCGAAUCGGAGCUGGAGAACGCGGCCAAAGAAGUCGCGUCGCAUCUGAAGAACUUGAAGCCCGAAGUAGCAGCUCUUAAGAACAUUGGCCCUGCCGACGAGAACGGCGAACCCUCCAAAUCGGAUUCGAAGCAUACCUCUACAAGCAAAUCUAAAUCGUCUACCGCUUCAACGGCCUCUUCAAGCUCUUCCUUGCACCCAAGAAAUGUGAAUCGCGGAGAAGCCUGCAGUCGUACCUGUUCUGCAGUUACUUUUAAAGGCUGCAAGACUGUUUCGCCAACCAUUACUUCCUCGACGGUCACGGUAUCACCGUCUAGCCACCCAGUCUUCUGUGGCAUAGCUAAUCCCCAGUGCCUGUCCAACAAAUUAACUCCCCCGAAGGGUCCUAUCGCAAAAUGCAAAGACUGUUUGACGGACUCGCACUCCAUGGCGUACAUUGCUCCAAGCACGCUUACAAAAUUGCCCUCGGGCGCGGAGGUCAGCAAGAGGUCAGGUCCUACAAUGCCUUCGCAUCCACUAGAUUUCCAGAUUCACGCAUCGAAAAUCAAUGAGAAAGCACCUAGUGAACCGACUCCUGCCACUCCUAGCGAUUCUAAGGUGUUAGAUCCUUCGGUAGCUAUGAAUCUAACAGCGCGUGCUAUGCCUCGCCCGGAACAUUUUUACAGCCAAGACCAGUUUCUGUUCUCCGAGUUAAGCCAGGCGAAAAUGGUUCCUCAUGGUGGACGCAUGACCAACGGCAAGGAUCUCGCAGCGUCGACUGCUAUAACGAGGGAGUUCCUUAACCAGCCAGUGAAGCUGGGAGUAGUCAACCUUUAUGGGUGCACUUCUGUCAUCGUGGCGUCCAGUCGAGGUGUUUGGCAAUCCCAUUUUUGGGAAAUUGGGUCGUUCAUGAUGAACAAGGGCGACAAUGACGAAGAAAUAUUAUUCUCAGAUUUGUAUUUUGACGAGGACCAAUUUACCAAGGACGUGCUAGACGCAUUCGACCGGGGCAGUACGUGGGAUCCAAACCAAAGUGACCACGGGGUUCGCGUGCACGCCCAACCUGGAGGAAUAUUCGCCAAAGAGUACGACCCAGAGGUUGUAAUCAUCACUCCACGAGAUAGAGAUAUAGGCGAGGAAGGCUUUGUAGAGUUCCCUAUUCAAGUUGGCCAAAUCAAAGACAAGAUCAACGAGAUCUUUGGAUGGAACUCCAACGAAAAUCGCCCACGUGUCGUCGAAUACGAUUCUCUACCUGGAGCAGACCCGGCCGUCCAAGACCCCUCGAAUCCUCAGGGUUUUUCCUGGCCCCAGGGUAAGGCCCUCUUCCAGUACGACCCAUUAGAAGCCAUAGAGGAGGAUACCAACCUUUUUGCAUACCCCGGUUGCAAUCCGGAUCAGCAGCUGGCAGCGUUUCAGAUUUGGGUCGAAGACCAGCCAACUCCAGUUCUCAGGAAAAUGUGGCCAGCUUUGCCCGCCCAGUUGCAUCCAGAAAUGGCCCCUCACCGCAAAAGAGCAGACGCUCCUGCGUGUACUAAGCCGAACCCGAAGUCAGCACCCGCGACACCAUCAGCCACAUUGAAGCCUUCCACUCCGAUUACAAAAUCGAAGUUAGCACCCUCGAGCACUGUGUCUCCCUCGACGGCCUUGAAGCCAUCGCAUUCUUCGUCAACUUUGCUUCCAAAAGUCUCGCUGUCAUUAGGGGUACCAGUCCAAGGAGGGCAUCACUCUACGACUCGGCCGACUUCGACGCCAUCUCCAGCCCAUCCACCUCCACCACCUCCUGCAUACCAAACAGGCACCUGCAAACUUCGCAUCAAAGAGUGGAAGGAAGCUCCCGCCGGCAAUCCAUAUGUGAACUGGGACAUCGCCAUCACCGACAACGGUGGGAAGGAGCUCUUCAACAAAACCUCGCGAUCCGAAUUAGGCGAUACCAUGGCCAUCGAAAAGGCUGACAGCAAGCUCCCUUACUCCGUCUUUGUCGAAUUCUUGAAGAAUACUAAAAGACCCAGCGCCCACAAGCGAAACAUCUGGAAGCGCACCCUGGAGCGAUUCACCAGGAAUCCCGUUCUCAUUCCGAAGGACGAGAAAACAUACAAGACCUGGCCUAUCGAGAUCGAGGCAGGGAGUUUCAUCUUUGAUUCUUGGGAUCAGGGUAGCAAGUUGCCGAGCUGCAGUGCUUGGAAACUUGACGACAGUGAUGAAAAGAAACCAACUGCUCUUGGGUGUGCUGAAGAGCGAGAUCAUGACGACGCUGGCGCCGUAGAGGCUUAA